AACAACUACUCUACUUACGUGUUACAGAUUAAAUGAGAGAUAUUUGAAUGAAACAAACACAUGAAAACGGUGUCAGUGGAUUAAACACAUGUGAAACACGACUGUGAACUACAGCUACACUCAAGUAAGAUGUUUAAAAACACAUUCCAGAGCGGGUUCCUGUCUAUUUUAUACAGCAUCGGCAGUAAACCUCUUCAGAUAUGGGACAAAAAGGUGAGGAAUGGCCACAUCAAGAGAAUCACAGACAAUGACAUCCACUCACUGGUGUUGGAGGUUGCGGGGGUAAAUGUCAGUACUACAUAUAUAACAUGCCCUGCAGAUCCAAAGAAGACAUUGGGCAUCAAGCUUCCUUUUCUCGUUAUGAUAGUAAAGAACCUCAAGAAGUAUUUCACCUUUGAAGUCCAGGUGUUAGACGAUAAAAAUGUUCGCCGGCGGUUUCGAGCGAGUAACUAUCAAAGCAUGACACGAGUGAAGCCGUUUAUCUGCACCAUGCCUAUGAGGCUAGACGACGGCUGGAACCAGAUCCAGUUCAAUCUGUCUGACUUCACCAGGAGGGCCUAUGGAUCCAAUUACAUCGAGACGCUGCGUGUGCAGAUCCACGCUAACUGUCGAAUACGCAGAGUGUACUUCUCAGACAGACUGUACUCGGAGGAUGAGCUCCCAGCAGAGUUUAAACUUUUCCUGCCUGUCCAGAACCAAAAAGCAAAGCAAUAGAGAUUCUCAGCCUGCACUGUUCCCCACGACCAGCUAUGGAGUUUAGCUGUAAGGUUUUGUGUGCAGACGUAGGAUGACUUAAAACCUUUGAUAUUGUAUUCUUUUGAAGUAUAAGAUUUGUGUUGCCUUGUGUUUCACUAUGCACAAUAACCUUUUUUAUUGACUCAUCCGUCCUCACAGUUCUCAAUACAAACUGAUGAAUGUAUCUGCAUUGUAGUAACAUUACAUACUUACAAAGGACACACUUGUUAGUGCUUAAAAUAAAACGUUUUUACAGCA